GCGAGUCCGACCAAAUCUUGAAGCGGCACCUCACACCCUUCCCUGUCGUCGUAGAAAAACUCCAAAAUCCCCAAUUCGGAGUUAUCGAACGGAUUGGGAGGGAGGGGUUUUGAGUCGGUCUCGCAGACGAGAAAGCGAGAGGUCGAAGCGCAAGUCGACAACUCCGAUCCCUCCCCCUCCCCCUCCCCCUCCCCCUCCGAUGUGGCUCUUUUCUCUUUAUAGCUGUUUUUAAACACUAACCCUAGUUGAGACCCUUGCUCCUCCCAUGGCGGACGCGUCUCCCAAGUAUCGCCCCGCGGCGCCCGAUCAUCUCCUACCUCCGCCCGCCGCCAUGGCGGCGGCGGCGGCGGCGGAGGAGGAGGUCACCGUCGCCGCGCCACAUGAUGGGCUCAUGUUUUGGCAGUAUAUGGUGGCGGGAUCGGUCGCCGGGGUGGUGGAGCACACCGCGAUGUUCCCCGUCGACACGCUUAAGACCAGGAUGCAGGCCGGGGCGCCGCUGUGCUACCCCCCUGUCGGGCUACGCCAGGUCCUCGGCGGCGUAAUCCGCGCAGAGGGCGCCCUCGGGCUCUACCGCGGCCUCGGCGCCAUGGCGCUCGGCGCGGGGCCGGCCCACGCCGUGUACUUCUCCGUCUACGAGUCCUCGAAGAAGUUCCUCUCGCGGGGGAACCCUAACAACCACGCCGCCCACGCCGCGUCCGGGGUGCUCGCUACGGUGGCCAGCGACGCCGUGUUCACCCCCAUGGACACGGUGAAGCAGCGGCUGCAGCUGAAGAGUAGUCCGUACAAGGGGGUCGGGGAUUGCGUGGUUAGGGUUUUGAGGGAGGAGGGGAUUAGGGCGUUCUUCGCCUCGUACAGGACGACGGUGGUGAUGAAUGCGCCCUUCACGGCCGUGCACUUUGCGACGUACGAGGCUACGAAGAGGGGGUUGAUGGAGGUGUCUCCGGAUACUGCGGAUGAUGAGCGGCUCGUCGUGCACGCCACCGCAGGGGCCGCCGCUGGGGCGUUGGCUGCGGCUGUUACCACACCGCUCGAUGUGGUGAAGACGCAGUUGCAGUGCCAGGGUGUGUGCGGUUGCGACAGAUUUUCUAGCAGCUCCAUUGGAGAGGUUACACGAGCUAUUGUGAAGCGCGACGGAUAUGCCGGGCUCAUGAGGGGGUGGAAGCCCAGGAUGCUCUUCCAUGCACCUGCUGCCGCCAUUUGCUGGUCCACUUACGAAGCGGCCAAGUCCUUUUUCCAAAGGCUUAAUGAAAGCAAAGCAAUCUGAGAACCCAUGUAGAAGCUGUAUCUUUCCUCGCUAUCGCAUAGGUUACCCGAAUUUUAUACUGCACAACACAUCCUUGCCCGGUCCAACCAUGCAGCUUUCGCUGCUUGCCUGAAUCUGUCAAUACGGAAUGGCCUCUGUUAUCUAAUUAAAGAAGAUUUUUCUUUGUAUUUUAUUCUUGUUCCAGGCGAUAAAUCGUAAUAAUGUUGGUUCGAAGGUGCUUUAUCCAAUUACGGAUAUGAAUGAUGAAGAGCUUUUGGGCAGUGCCAUAUAAGUUUUUAUUAAUGCUUCUGUCACUUCGCUUCUAAUAUCUAUCACAUAAGGUUGUGUAUGCAGCUCCCCUUUUAAGUUUUAA